UUCACGUAGGUUAACAUGCGGCAAAAUUCCCAAUGACCAAUCCUUCGAACAUAGGCAAAUAAUUAACCCACCGGUCAUACGGGUUGCAUACGUUGCAUAUUGUUUACAUCAACAAAGUACAUUUGAAAUUCCAAUGGAUAAAAAAGAAGUUUCGGAUACAUUAGGUGCAGCAAAAAUCUAUCUGCAACGGCUAAAAUGUCUCGACAAGGAACUGCAAGUGGCCGAAAAACAGGUCGACAACACGUACUUGGAGGCAGAACAAAUUAUCAAUGAUACAUUUUCUAACCUCAAAGAUACAAUAAUCAAAAUUUUAAUUGGUAGACGACAAAAUUUAAUUGACCAAGCCCAGAAGGUUAGAAAAGAAGGUUUGACACCCCUUAGGGACUGUCGAAGUGUAAUAUCUGACAAAAUGAAAAGCACUUUAGAUCUGUUAAAGUUAGGUGAUUCGUUGCUGAGCGGGACCAAUAAAAAUAUCGGAACUUUCACACAAAAGUCGACUGUCCUUGGAGCCUUACCAGAAGUGCCUGAACUUACAGAAGUUCCUUACAUUUCGUUUCAAUAUGAAGUAAAUCUGGAGGACGAAUUGAGGAGAAUAUGUUCACAAAUUGGAGAAGUUUCUAGAAUUGCCCCAGUCCAAAUAAGUGAGUUAGUACAGAAACCAGGUGCCAUCUUAGUUGAGUGGAGUGUUAAUGCAGAUGAUGAAAGGGGUUCAGAUAUACAGUAUUUCAGACUACAAAGAGCUUAUGGGGAUGUACUAAAUGAUAAGCAUUUGGUUGCAAACUUUGUAGAUUGUUUUGAAGGCUUAGACACACAAUUCUUGGCAAAAGAUAUACAGCCUAAUCAACCAUACUCAUUCAGAGUUUGUUGUAAAUAUGAAGGUUCAACAGAAUGGAGUCCUUGGUCUCUAGCCAAAGUUGCUUUCACUGAACUGAAGCAUUUUUCAUGGAGAUUUAGCCAAGAUUAUAUAGUUACAAAUGAGAAUAAAAUUGCCAGAUGUACCAAGUCAUAUCCAGAGGUUUUGUUUUCUGAAGGACCACAGUUUUUAAUUGGGCACUCUAUUGAUUUCAUAUUUUUAGAAGCAGACUCAACAGAUGGAAUUAUUGGAUUACUCACAGAAGAUGCUUACACUUCAGUGAAUCACUUAAGAUAUAUUACAGAUGGUUCAUUUUUCAUUCAGAGGUCAGGCAGUAUAUUUGUUGAAGGGAUUGAGAAGUCAACUAAACUCCCAGAAUUCACAAAGGGUCAAACAAUAUCUUUUACAUGUGAAGCAGUUAAUGAGAAUAAAGUUAGAGUUAAUAUUGACUCCUGCAACAAAAGAGUUACCUAUGAAUGGCCCAUUAGUUUAGACACAAAAAUGUAUUUUGCAGCACAGUUUUAUUCAGACAAAUGGAAAGUGAUGGUAGAAUAAUUUCCUUUCUAAUUAAAUAUAUAUAUAUGCUUUGAUGGUAUUAACUGAAUAUUUAGUAAAUUACAAUUGUACAAUGACUGAGUGUGAAUAUGUAGUUAAUUGUUAUCAAUUUGUAACAAAAUGUACUUAGUUAAUAAUUCAGUGCCACAAAUAUUAGUUAGCUUAAACUAAAUUUUAUUUAUCUCAACUCGCAUCUCUGAAAAAAAAGUCUGUUCCUCUUUACUGGAACCUUGUGCCAAACUAUACAUUGUAAGUAGAAAUAUAUUGCUAAAUCUUGCGCACUAAUAUUAUAUCCCAGUUUGCUCAAUCAAAUACUCAUUUAUUUGGCUUUAUAAAAUAUGUUAGUUUUAUUUUAUAUACUCAUAAUUAAAUCAAAAUAAUCUCAAGGAUCCGUCAAUUGUUUCAUACGUAUAAAUAUGCAUAUACUAUAUUAAUUAAAUGUUAUAUUACCACAUAUAUAUGUAAAAUACACUGUUUAUGUAAAUAAAGUAUUUUCUAUUUGACCCCUCA